UGUUAUGAGACGUACUUUGUAAGGCAUCUCGGCCCAACAUUUGUCUGCCGAGCGGCCGGGUUGCAUAACCUUUCCAUUGGCAGUGAAGUGACAACACCACAACUUCACUUCGGGUCCGGCUGAUUCUAAAAGAAAAAAAAAUCCGCUGUCCGCUAGUGAGCUCACGCUAGCUGACACAUAAUGUUUCCAGCUAGCAGAUAUUCAAGUAAAGCCCACAGGUGUAUCAGGGCAUUGAAGACAGUACAAACAGAGUAUGCCGCCCCUCAGCUGUACACAGCACUAAACAGAAGGACUUGCUCCUCGGUGCCAACACCCCGAAUCACAACACACUACACCAUCCAUUCCCGAGAUAAAGACUCAAGAUGGGAAGGGAUCGAGAUGGAGAGAUUUGCCGAUGAGGCAGAUGUGGUGAUAGUAGGUGGGGGUCCUGCCGGUCUUUCAGCAGCCAUUCGUCUGAAGCAGCUAGCCAACGAACAUGGGAAGGAGUUGCGAGUGUGCCUUGUGGAGAAGGCCUCUCAGAUUGGAGCACACACCCUGUCAGGGGCCUGUCUGGAGCCCACUGCCCUCACUGAGCUCUUUCCUGACUGGAAGGAACGAGGGGCACCCCUGAACACUGAAGUGACUGAAGAUGUGUUCAACAUUUUAACAGAGAAACACAGAAUCCCUGUCCCCAUGCUGCCAGGUCUGCCCAUGAGGAACCAUGGUAACUACAUUGUGAGGCUGGGAAACUUUGUGCGCUGGCUGGGGGAGCAGGCAGAGGAGCUUGGAGUGGAGCUGUACCCUGGUUAUGCAGCAUCUGAGGUUUUGUUUCAUGAAGAUGGAAGUGUAAAGGGAAUUGCCACCAAUGAUGUAGGCAUUGCCAAGGAUGGUUCGCCGAAGGAUGUUUUUGAGAGAGGAAUGGAGCUCCAUGCUAAAGUCACGUUGUUUGGCGAGGGCUGUCACGGCCACUUGGCCAAGCAGCUUUACAAGCAAUUCAACCUGCGUGAGAACUGUGAGCCCCAGACCUACGCCAUUGGCCUGAAGGAGCUGUGGACAAUCGAUGAGAAGAAAUGGAGGCCAGGCAGGGUGGAGCAUUCUGUGGGCUGGCCUCUGAACAGGAACACAUAUGGAGGAUCCUUCCUGUAUCACCUGAAUGAGGGAGAGCCACUCGUGGCCUUGGGCUUUGUGGUUGGUUUAGACUACACCAACCCUUACCUGAGCCCCUUCAGGGAGUUCCAGCGCUGGAAACAUCAUCCCUUCAUAGCUUCCACACUGGAGGGAGGCAGCAGGAUUGCAUAUGGAGCCAGGGCGCUGAACGAGGGGGGAUUACAGUCUGUCCCAAAGCUGACUUUCCCUGGAGGGCUGCUGAUUGGCUGCAGCCCCGGUUUUAUGAACGUCCCAAAGAUCAAAGGCACCCACACGGCGAUGAAGAGUGGCAUGCUGGCUGCUGAGGCCAUUUUCCCCAAAGUCACCGCAGAGAGCUUGGAUUCAGAGACAGCAGGACUCCAUAUACCUGAGUACUCUGAGAACUUGAAGAACUCGUGGGUGUGGAAAGAGUUGUAUGCAGUUAGAAACAUCAGGCCGUCCUUCCACAAUUACUUUGGCCUGUAUGGUGGUAUGGUUUACACUGGACUUUUCUACUGGAUCCUCAGAGGAAAAGAGCCAUGGACCCUCAAACACUGUGGCCUUGAUGCCAACCAGCUGAAACCAGCUAAAGAUUGUACGCCGAUUGAAUACCCCAAGCCCGACGGCAAGAUAAGCUUUGACCUGCUCUCGUCUGUGGCCCUGAGCGGCACCAACCACGAGGGCGACCAGCCACCCCACCUGACCCUGAAGGAUGACAGCGUCCCGGUCGCCAGGAACCUGGCCAUAUAUGAUGGGCCUGAACAACGCUUCUGCCCCGCAGGUGUGUACGAGUAUGUUCCCAUGGAAACCGGAGAUGGGAUGAGAUUGCAGAUAAACGCUCAAAACUGUGUCCACUGUAAGACCUGUGAUAUCAAGGACCCGAGCCAGAACAUCAACUGGGUUGUGCCUGAAGGCGGCGGUGGACCAGCCUACAAUGGAAUGUGAACGUGUCUUUUUUUUUUUUUACCUUUUGUCUUGAAAGAAAACUGUAAAGUACAAUACAUUCAGGGUUACAGUACUUGCUGGCAAAUGUGCCUAAAACAUGGAACAGAAAAUAACUACAUAGCUGUUUUGAGGGUGUAAUAAUAAAAACUGCAAAAAGGAAGUACUUUAGGAAUGAAACUGUGUUGUCAUAGAAAUUAAGCCUUUAUUUAUACAGUGGUGUAUAUGGUGGGGUGAGUCAUUCUGGUGAAAAGAUAGCAGAUAUUUGAAGUCAACAGCCAAACAAAUUCACCCCUCCUUUCAGUGCUCCUUCAGAAGCUACACCCCCAAAACUCAUGCAGCUAACAUGCAGAGAGGAGGAGGCGGUUUCCCAGAGGCAGCGGACCAGCUCCAGGCAGCGAUACUCGCAAACAUCACAACAACAACACAUCACUACAAAGUAAGCCGAGUGUCUGUGGGCGAAGAAAUUUAACCUGACACACAAAUCACAAACAUUAUGUUAGCACAACAUGGCAGUGCUAAUGUUACCCACCUAUCAGGCAGAAACUCCACAUCCAUCUUCAUGUCUUUCAGCUCUCAGGUCUCUCCGCUGUGUGAAAGCCUCACCAACUUAAACAGGUUUUGUUAACAUGUCCUAUGCACAAGCGCCACCUGUUGCUGAUUGGCUGGAUUAGUUUUGUGUGGCUUGGUCCAAGCCACUUUGUUUCCCAUUUACUGAGCCAGGGUUGUGUUCAAACACUAUCUACUUUUUCCACACAGGACAGAAGGCUAGUUGAGUGUGAGGAGAUGUUGGCUGAAUUUGACAAAAAAGUUUGUUGGAUUAAAAUGACUGACCCCACCUGUAGUUUAAAAUGUUGUACAGACAUUAUGAAACCUAUGCAAAACACACGACCAUUUAAAGCAGAAGGUACUCUUAGCAGUUGUGUAGUUUCACUCCAUUAAAAUCCACAAUAUGGGCAUUUUGAACAGUGGCUCUUAUUUUUGUGUCAUUCUAAGUACUUUAUCAGCUGUAAUAGUUAAUAUAUUUCCUUCAAAAAUGUAAUUGAACAAGCAAACAAGCUGCUCUCAAAUGAAGCUUUAUUUCAGUAUUAUUGCAGGUAUAAUUUAACAGCAUCUGAUCCACACAGUAUUGUACAUACAAUGAUGGUAUCACAGUAAUGAAUAAAGAACACUUAACUGUUUUCCCUUUGAUUGACCUCU